AGUUAUUUGGGCCGAUGGAACGAGGAAGUUCUAUUUACCAAGCACUUGACGUUGUUACCAAUGAACUUGUUUGUUUGAGGCGGGAAUGUUUUCUCAAUAGAGAACAAGGUGUCCCAAGCUCAGUAAUCAGAGAAAUCUCCUUUAUGAGAGAGAUGCAGCAUAGGAACAUCCUCAGGCUGCUAGAUGUAGUGAACAAGGAGAGAUCAGUGCAUCUUGUUACGGAGCAUGUGGAACUUGACCUGAGGAAGUUUAUGGAUACUUCUCCAGAGAUUUUCAAGACGCCGAGCGUAACAAAAGAUUUUCUGCAUCAGAUUCUAAGUGGUCUCGAUUAUUGUCAUUCGCAUAACAUUCUCCACCGAGGUUUGAAUCCUGGGAGUUUGAUGUUAGAUCAUCGUAGUCGAAGCACAGUGAAGAUAGCUGGCUUUGGAUCAGCCAGGACAUUUGGUGUUCCCGCUAACGCGUAUACUGAAGGGGUGGAAACUCCAUGGUACAGGGCACCCGAACUCAUGCUUGGUGAGCUGAAUUACUCCUCACCAGUUGAUGUGUGGUCUGUGGGUUGUCUAUUUGCUGAGAUGGUGACUCAACAGCCUCUGUUUGCUACUACGUCACAGGUUGAACAACUGCGGAGAAUUUUCAGCAUUAUGGGCAAGCCAACUGAAGAAACCUGGCCUGGAGUGACUUCAUUAUGUCCAUAUCUAGAAAAUUUUGCCGUGAAUGAACCCAAGAACCUGGCUGAUGAAGUGCCUGGUCUUGAACCAGAUGGAGUUGAUCUUCUUUCUGAAAUGCUGUGCUUGAAUCCAGGAGAUAGAAUUACUGCUUCUGAGGCUCUAACUCACCCAUACUUUACAAUAUGUGAUUCUGGAUCAUCAUCACCAUCACCACCACCACCACCACCACUACCAUUAUCGUCAUUACCACCAUCAUCAUCAUCAUGAUUCUGUGUCAUAUUGACAAUGUGCAGUGUUUUUGUAUGUUUUACUUUGAGAAAGAAUGUAUAUGCUUUCAUUCAUUCUGUACAUUACUUUCUCUCUCUCUCUCUCUCCCUCUCUCUCCCUCUCCCAUCUUUCUAGAUCGGCCUCUGAAGAAUACUUUUUCUGCACUUUUACUUGUAGAUCAGCAUUACUUUGUCUGCAAUAUAUCUUUUAAUGGGCUCUUUUGCUUCUGUUCUCUUCAAUUGGAAAGAAAUAAACAGUUUGAUAUUGUUGGUUGAUUUAGA